GUUUUCACUUCCACUCUUUUCGUGUUCAUAUAUUUGAGCUUCAUACAGAGUGAGGGCACAGUGGGACUAAAACUGCGAAGAAGAUGCCGAUAAGCACGACGGCGAUCGGAGCCCUAUUGGGACUGGGCACCCAGAUGUACUCCAACGCCCUCCGCAAGCUCCCUUACAUGCGCCAUCCAUGGGAGCACGUGCUGGGCAUGGGUUUGGGUGCACUGUUCGUAAACCAGCUCGUCAAAUGGGACGAUAAGCUCAAGGAGGACCUUGAUAAGAUGCUCGACAAGGCCAAGGCCGCCAACGAGCGCCGCUAUUUUGAUGAAGAUGAUGAGUAGCUUGCAUCUGGGUUUGUUGUGGCAUGAUCCAGUCCCAAGAUACCUUUGGACCUUAAAGCUGUAGGCACUUUUUUUGCUUUCGAUGUAAGGUUGAUAUUUUUGCAAGUUGAAAACUUCCCUGACCUUUUUAAGAUGCAUAAGUGUUGUUAUACUUUAAUUUUGCAAAGAUGAACGCAGUGCCUUGUGCAUUAUUAAUAAAUGGAAUGAUUCAUUAGUUCUC